AUGACUCGCCUCGAUCAUGAGCUUGGGCCUGUCGAAGCCCGCGACGCCCGCCAAGCUACCGACUUCGUCGAUCGGCUCCCCCAGUACCCCGUCGUCGGCAUCGAUGACACUAGUUCUUCGGAAAAGCUCGAAAAGCUUGGGUCAGUCAAUGAAUCUAUUGAAGAGGACUCGUCGGAUGACCAGAUCUACGACGAGAAUGGUAAAGAGAAGGUCCUAGAGACAGCUGAAGAUUUCUCUCGUGCUCUCGUUAGCGACGACGACGACCCCACGUUGCCCAUCCAUACGUUCCGUAUGUGGUUCACUGGUCUCGGUCUUGCUGUCUUUGGUGCUGUACUUGGCAUGCUCUUCGUCAUAUCCGUAUCUGCACUGUUCCUCCAAUUGUUGGCGUAUAUGCUCGGUCGUGUCUUCCAGGCAGUCAUUCCAGGCCCUAAGAGUCGCUUUCAUAAUGGCAAUUGGUUCUGGAGAUUCAUGAAUCCUGGACCUUUUAAUAUCAAGGAACAUGUUGCCGCACAGAUCAUGGCAAACACCGCAGCCACUGCAGCUUUGGCGUGUUUUGUUUUCGCCUCCGAUGACCUCUUCUAUGGAAUUACCGUUAAUCCCGGUAACGCCAUUUUCACACUCCUCGCUUCUCAGUUGAUCGGCUACGGAUUUGCGGGGAUGUUCCGCUCUUUCCUUGUUUACCCCACGAUCAUGCUUUACCCUCAGAAUCUCAUAUACGUCAAUCUGUUCGACGUUCUUCAUCGAUCGAAGGGUGAAGCACUCCAGGGGAAACGUCUUCGCUUCUUCUGGAUCGUCACAGCCUGUAUCUUCGUAUACGAAUGGUUCCCGGAGUGGAUCGCACCUCUUCUCGGCUCGUUCAAUAUAGUCUGCUUGUGUGCGCGCAACUCUGACUGGGUCUCAUACAUCUUCGGCGGUGCAGAGGGUAACGAAGGCAUGGGGCUGAUGGGUUUCGGUGUCGACUGGGCUAAUAUCGGCAGUUCGCCGUUCUAUUCCCCCCUCUCAACUCAGUUGUCGAACUACGUUGGUUGGGGCAUCAACUACUUCUUGCUCCCCGCCAUUUUUGCAUCCAAUAUAUGGCAUUCUCAAAAUUUUCCCUUCAUUUCGCAGAAUCUCGACUACUCCCUGAACAAGACUGCCUAUGCAAUUUAUGGUCAGCCGUGGCAAAGCGGUUCCACGGUGAUCUACAACUUGGGGCUUAACAUGUCAAUCGGAGCUUGCUUCGUACACAUUGGCCUCUGGUACGGCAAAGAGAUCUGGGGCGCAUUUAUAGACUUCUUACACCGAAAGCCUGUGAAUGAUCAUCACUUCAAGAGAAUGGCUAUUUAUCGUGAAGUUCCUCUCUGGUGGUAUGCUCUCGUCACAUUGGGCGCGUUUGUCUCUGCAAUGGUUUGCGCAUAUACCGAGAAGUCAGGGCUGCCAUGGUGGGCACUCAUCGUGGCCAUCAUAAUUGCGGCACUAUGUUUGCCUUUUUACGGCGCCAUGUGGGCCGUCGCAGCCUUCACACCCGCUAUUUCCAAUAUGUUCCAGAUGCUUGGUUCGGCGCUCAUUCCCGGGUCCUCACAAGCCAAUAUGUACUUUGAGCUGUACUCAAGCCAAACCCUAGUACAGGCUGCAGGUAUGCUCGGUGAUCUGAAGCUCGGCCAAUACACAAAGCUUCCUCCCAGAACAACGUUCUCCGUGCAGAUGGCUGGCACAAUUGUUGGAGCCCUGCUGAACUAUGUCAUCAUGCAGACUGUCGUCUCGAGCGAACGUACAAUUCUGCUAAGUAACGAGGGCACACGUGUUUGGAGUGGACAGCAAGUCCAAUCGUAUAACGCUAAUGCUAUACUUUGGGGUGCUCUUGGAAAGGAAAUCUAUGGGCCUGGGGGUCCCUACUUUAUCGUUCCUCUCGGAAUAAUCAUCGGCCUGGUACUUCCCAUCAUCCCGUGGUACAUCUAUAAUAAAUACCGAUGGGAGUGGUUGAAGUUCGUCAAUACGUCUGUUUUAGCUGCGAGCAUCGGGGAUUUAGCGGGCGGGACAAACGGCUACAUUAAUACCUGGAUGUUGAUCGGUCUCACCUCGCACUUCUAUAUUCGUAAAUAUCGUGCGGGAUGGUUCCGGAAGUAUAACUACCUCUUCGGCGCGGCUGUUGACGGUGGUGCUCAGAUCUUCGUAUUCAUUUUUUCGUUUGCCAUCGCUGGAGCAGGCGGCGUGACUGUAAAUUUUCCCAUUUGGGCUCUAAAUCCCGCUGGAAACGCCGAUUACUGCAAGGUGACCACACAAGAAGGCUGA